AUGUCUAACUGGAAUAGAUUAAUUAGAUUCGUUGCAAAUGACGGCAAGAUUUACAGAGGUGAACCAAUUGUCUCUGAUUCCAACUAUGAUGUCGGAAAGUUGUUUGCAGCUGGUGAAACCAUCAAGGCUAAGGUUGUUGUCGGCGAAAACAUUUUCACUGAUGCUAAGGUUACAGAUGAAGUCUUGGAAGUCAAGAAAUUAUUAGGUCCACUUACAGCUGAUGAUGUACCAAUUAUCAAGUGUGUUGGUUUAAAUUACAUGAAGCACAUCCAAGAAGGUGGUAGAACUCCUCCACCUUACCCAUCAAUCUUUUAUAAGCCACGCUUCAGUGUUGCUGACCACGGUGAACCAAUUCCAAUUCCAAAGAUCGCCCAAACGAAUCAAUGCGAUUACGAAGGUGAAUUAUGUGUGGUGAUUGGUAAAACCGGAAGAGACAUCAAGGAAGAAGAAGCUUUAAGCUACGUCGCUGGUUACGUUUCUGGUAAUGAUGUUUCUGCUCGUACUUGGCAAAGAGACCCAGCUCAUGCUGGUGGUGUCCCACAAUGGUGUUUCUCCAAGGGUUUCGACAAGUAUGCCCCAUUAGGUCCAGCUCUUGUUUCCACCAAGGUUAUCGCUGAUCCAGGUGUUCUUCAACUCCAAACCAGAGUCAACGGUGAUGUCCGUCAAAACACCAACACCGAUGAUCUUUUAUUCAAUGUUCCAAAGAUCAUUGCUUUUAUCAGUCAAAGCACCACCUUAGAAGCCGGAACUGUUAUCAUGACCGGUACUCCAAGUGGUGUUGCUAUGGGUAUGAAGGAGCCAAAAUACUUGAACAACGGUGAUGUGGUUGAAGUUUCUAUCGAACAAAUCGGUACCCUUUCCAACAAGAUGGACUUUGUCUAG